GUGUGUGUGUAGGUGUGUGUGUCUGGGUGUGUGUGUGUGGUGGGGGGGACACGGAUCCCAUUGCCUUCUUCUCCCAGUACCUUGCCCUGGCUGAGAUGGGUUGCUGCACAGGUCGAUGCACCUUAAUAUUUCUGUGUACUUUACAGCUGCUGGCAGCCAUGGAGAGACAGAUCUUUGAUUUCCUGGGUUACCAGUGGGCUCCCAUUCUGGCCAAUUUCCUGCACAUAAUUGUUGUCAUACUGGGAUUGUUUGGAACCAUUCAGUAUAGGCCACGCUACAUCGUAGUGUACUCCAUCUGGACAGCUCUGUGGGUCGCUUGGAAUGUAUUUGUCAUCUGCUUCUAUUUGGAAGUUGGAGGGCUCUCAGAGGAUACUGACCUGAUGACCUUUAACAUCUCCAUGCACCGUUCCUGGUGGAGGGAGCACGGACCAGGCUGUGUGCGGAGGGAGGUGACAGCUCCAGUCAGCAGAAGCCUGGAUGAACACUCAUAUAUCUCAGUGUCAGGCUGCAUUCUUGACUUUAAGUAUCUGGAGGUCAUCCACAGUUCCUUUCAAAUAUUACUGUCACUCGUUGGUUUUGUCUACGCCUGCUAUGUGAUCAGUGUUUUCACGGAGGAUGAGGACAGCUUUGAUUUCCUAGGUGGACUUGAUUCAUACUCCUAUCACGCUUCCCCGAAACACUCCCAUGUAGAGCUAAAGCCUGUUUUCCUGUCGAAGUAAAUGACAGCAGCACAUGAUCACGGAUGGAUGGGGCAACAGGAGAAGGAGAGAUACUUCGAACUACAGUUCAAAGAGAAAACAUUCUAUCUGAUAUCAGACGUGGGCAUAUACUCCCACAUCACAAUUCAUUUUUGACCAAAUCUCAAGUCAAGGCCUAAUUUUUUGCAGCCGUCCCUUCUGAACAAUGGUUACUGACUGUUCCUUGUGCUUUUCUGUACAAUAAUGGUAUCUUGUAUGGAGCGUGUAGUGUAAAGUAUGUACACUGUAGCAAACUUGCAGUGAAUUCACUGUAGUCAAGUGAUUUGUUUCAGGUAUAAACCCAACGAGGAACACAAUUAUAUUACUGGACUUGUUCUCAGAGGGAAUCAAUACCUCUGACAGUACCAAUUCAUCUUUUAAGGCAUUUAAAUGGGUCAGUUUUCAACAUGUACAAAAAUACUUUUUUAUGGAUUUAUGAAGUAUUAAUUCUUAUCACAUUUGUAAGAUAAUGUAGCAUCCCAGUAUUUUGUAGUCUUGUGAAGGUUACAGACAUUUUAGGUGCACCAUGUCUUUUAGGCCAUUCUACAGAUUAUAGAUUAGCUGUGAGAGAAAGAGAGAGAGAGAGGGAGAGAGAACAGAUUCUCAUUUUUGCUGUGUCCUACUGAGUUUUUUUGGGGAAAAGAAAUCUUCUCCUGGUAAUCUGUGGAGUGGUGCAUGAUUGUUAUACCCCAGCUCUUUGUUUCGCCCGACACAAUCCUACCGAUUUAGAAGGCAUUUGGCAGAUUUGAGCAUUCAUCCAACAUAUUGUCCAACACAGCUAAAACAGUCUGUAUUUAGAACUGAGAAAUCACCAGGGCAAUAAUGCAGACUUGUUUUUGUAUUUUAGAUUGGGGGCAAUUUCGUAAAGAAAAAAAAACGAAAUAGGAAAAGUGUCUCGGAUUGGAAACAGAGUGAUAGAUACAGGGUUUGUGGAUAUUUCCUCCCCCCCAUUCCUCCAUGGAUACAUCUUUGGUAUGUUAGGGAAAAGUUCUGAAAUCGGAUGAGGUCUGGUUCAUGGAUUGAGCAUACUUCUUCAAAACGGGUUGUGUUUCCAUUUGGGAAGAGCUCCAGAGAAUCUAUUUUCUGCUUUGCAAAUAAACAUCACAAACAGGUUGGAGCAGAAAGUUCCACCUCUCUUAGCUGUUGCUGAGCAUUUCCCUGAGAGCAAUGCCUGCACCAAAAAGCAUCAGUAGCUUCAGCUUUUAUGAGUACCACUAAAAGCAAUCUGCUGGUUCCAGAUCGUAACACUGUUCAGAUUUCUUUAGUUUCCAAAAAGGCCUUAGACUCUGCUGAGUUUCUGCUGGAAGCAAGUGUGUGUGUGUGUGUUACUAAUGCAGCCGAUGUGCAUUGCGUGUUUCAAUGGUAGCCUCUAGGUUCUGGAUCUCUGGUUGUG